GGUUAGGAACUGAGCUAACUUAAAUCAUUAUUUACAUUAUCCGGGAGUGUCACAAGUGGAAAUUCCUUGUUUGCCAAGCAACCGUAUCGGCUCGAUCAUCACGAUAUUCUCCACCAUGAGUCUAAGCAGGAAACCGCUCACUAUGGUCUGUGGCAAAGAGGUCGGCCCUGUUGGGUUUGGCUUGCUAGGUAUGACGAAGCCAUGGGCGCCCGUCGAAUACCCCGUAGCAAUUAAAGUAAUGAAGGCGGCUUUGGAACAAGGCGCAAACCUCUGGAAUGGUGGAAUUCACUAUGGUACACCUGAGGCCAACUCCUUGCAUCUGCUGAAGUAUUACUUCGAACAAUACCCUGAGGAUGCCAGCAAGGUUGUCAUAAGUAUUAAAGGAUGUUUCACUUUCGAUAACGGGCCAGACGGAAGCCCAGAAGGAAUCCGCGCAGCUGUAGAAGAAGCUGUCAGAGUGUUAGGUGGCACCAAGACCAUCGACGUCUUUGAACUCGCACGAGUCGACCCUAAAGUCCCCAUAGAGACAUCCGUAAAAGCCAUGGCCGAACUGGUCAAGGAGGGAAAGAUUGGCGGAAUUGGCCUGAGUGAGGUUAGCGCUACCACGAUCCGGAAAGUACAAGCUAUUCAUCCUAUCUCUGCCGUCGAGAUUGAGAUGAGCUUGUUUACCCCCGAUCCAUUGCGUAAUGGCAUCUCAGAUACGUGUCAUGAGCUUGGGAUUCCCAUGGUGGCAUAUACCCCAGUUGGACGUGGCUUGCUCACGGGCGCGUUCCGUACGCACGAUGAUCUUCCGAAGGACGGUUUUUGGCGUACGCUCCCGCGGUUCCAGCCUGAGGCUUUCGAUCAAAACAUUAAGCUCGUCCAGGCAGUGGAGCAGAUAGCCAAGCGCAAGGGUGUAACAACCGGACAAGUAGCCAUUGGCUGGGUGGUAGCUGUUGGCGCUAUCCCUAUUCCUGGGACUACAAGACUUGAGCGAGCCAUCGAGAACACCAAGGCUGCCUCACUGACAGAUGAAGAUUUGGCUGAGAUCCAGAAGAUCAUUGAUACCCUACCUAUCUGCGGGGAGCGAUAUGGUGGUUGGAUGGAAAAGUACAAUAAUGCAUAACAAUGCUUUAUCUUUUGCAGGGGUUAGUGUGUGCUAAAGUUGAAGGUAUCUAAUCACACAUGGGGAGUGAUUUGGUUAAGAUAUUUAUGUUGCUUGAUGUUAUUAACAUAGGUAGUCUUCCACAUAAAAGAGCGAGAUUACCCCUGAAUGAAAAUCCAAAGCCAACCUUGAGACGAAUUUUAAAUACAUCCACAAUAUAAUAUCUCUACCAGUUCCCUACCUACUAUCACAGGACUAUUUUAGACAAUUUUUACAUCAUUUCUCAUCUGGCGUCUCCAAUAGAAACCGCUUUCUAAGGCAAGGGUUUCAAUCAGGGUCGAAUCAUGUUUUCUCUCUCUUUUUUAGAAGAAAUAAAAGC